CAACUUUCCGAUACUUUUGAUUAUUAUGAUGGACUUGUUGGGCGCCUUUUGAUCUGCUCAGAGCAAAGAUGGAGAACAAUACCAUCAAAUAAUUGGAUUUAUGAAAAUUCUGACACAGCCUGCUUUGAGCUAGGUUUUGAUUGGGGAAGCAUGUUUUACCGAUGGGAUGAUGAACAAUAUACACCUGUUGAAUGGAGUGGAAUUCCCAGAUAUUCUAAGUUUUCAAGUGCACAGAAAAUAAAGAGAUGCUUAUUAAUUCAAUGUGAUAGUUUU